UGUUACCGCCCUUGGGCUGAGACAGUGAAGACGGCUGCGGGAAUUUCUUAGCCUUCCGACCAGGAAUAGGUCACUAAAGAGUAAAACGCGUGCAGGAAUUUCUCUAAGGUGCUUAAUCAAACUGGACUGCAGUCUCUGCCUGACGGACGGUGUAAAUCAUGGCUCUUCCGUUUAAGAAAGAUCUGGAGAAGUAUAAGGAGAUCGAUGAGGAUGAGAUUCUGAAUAAACUGUCAGAGGAGGAGCUCAAGCAACUGGAGAGCGCACUAGAGGAGAUCGACCCAGAGAAUGCUUUGCUGCCAGCCGGACUCAGGCAGAAGGACCAGACAUCAAAAACAGACACCGGCCCUUUUAACCGCGACAAACUUUUGCAGUAUUUGGAGAAAGAGGCUUUGGACUAUAAAGAGAGAGAAGACUUUGUCCCUUUCACUGGAGAGAAAAAAGGAAAAGUAUGGAUUCCCAAACAAAAACCAAUCCAACUUCAUCAGGAGGAAGCCACAACCCUGGACCCCGAAUUGGAAGAGGCUCUGUCCAGCGCUACUGACACAGAACUGCAUGACCUGGCAGCUAUUCUUGGAGUGAACACACUGGUGACGAGCACACAGAGUUAUGACGGCACCUGUAAAGACGGUUAUAACAACGUCAUUAAAGGAGAAAAAGUAAAGCCAGUUUUUGAUGAACCUCCAAACCCUACAAACGUUGAAGAAAGUCUGCAGAGGAUAAAGUCCAAUGACCCUACAUUGACUGAAGUCAAUCUCAACAACAUCAAGAACAUUCCAAUCCCGACCCUGAAGGAGCUUGCGAAAGGCAUGGAGAGGAACACUCAUGUGAAGAAGUUCAGUCUGGCUGCCACCAGGAGCAAUGACCCUGUUGCUGUGGCGUUCUCAGACAUGCUGCGAGAAAAUAAGACACUAAGGAGUUUGAAUUUGGAGUCUAAUUUCAUCACGGGUGCAGGAGUUCAGGCUCUUGUAGAAGCUCUUCGAGACAAUGACACGCUUUCAGAGAUCAAGAUCGACAACCAGCGGCAGCAGCUCGGUACGUCGGCUGAGAUGGAGAUCGCGAAGAUGCUGGAACAGAAUACGAGCAUCGUGAAGUUUGGGUACCACUUCACCCAGCAGGGUCCCAGAUCCCGCGCCGCUGCCGCAAUCACAAAAAACAACGACCUGGUGCGACGGAGGCGAGUCGAGAGGGAUGUUUAAAACCUGCUCUUGCUUUCUCUCUCUCUCGGCUGAUCAGACUCUUGUGCCAAACCCUCUGAGGGAGCCGCUUCACCUGAAGAAGGGACACAACUGGAUACUUUGCCUCCCUAAUGUUAAUACUCUUAUCCUUUUUUUUUGGUUAUGUAUUAUUAUUGAUGUUAUAAUUGCUGUUUGUUUUAAUAGCUGCUACUCUUAUGCAGCUUUUGUUGUUGUCAUUUUGUUCACGUCUGCUUUAUUCUUUGUAAAAGUUCUUUGAAACGAAACAGAAGAUGGUUAAUCACUUGCACACAAGUUCAAUGGUGAUUUCUUCAUGGACAGGCUGGAUUUAAACCUGCGCACAUAUUCACGCCGAACAAAUCUAGACUCAACUGGACUGGAUCUGCUGUGUUCCCCCUUAAAUGUGAGCUAAAUCUAGAUUUUUUUCGAUGCUGGGUUUGGAGCACUGGUUUGAACAUACCUUCUUUAAAAGGAUAGAUCAACAAAACAUGAAAAUCCUGUCAUUUACUCAUCGGUUUCUUUCUUCUGUUAAACACAAAUGAAGAUAUAAAGAAGAAUGUUGGAACUUUUGACUUCCAUAGCAUAUUUAGUUCCUACUAUGGAUGUCAAUAGCUGCCUAUUUCCAUAGUUUUUUCAGAAUAUCUUCCCUUGUGUUCAACAGAAGAAAACAAUUGGUCAGAGUUUUUGAGAAAAUUGUCAUUUUUGGGUGAACUAUCCCUUUAAUGAAAGUCAUCUGUACUUUAGCUGUUAGCUUUAGCAUGCACCGUGUGUGGAUAUCACUUGAUGUCUCAAAAACUCUGAGCUUCCGCAUCACAUCACACCACACAUUCUUCUACAUGUUCUCCCAUUGAGAUGCCACUUAUAGUAAACUUAUUUCCCUAAUCACACCAAAUAUAGUCUGCCUGAGGAAUGGCAGUGCUAAUUUAAGGACCAGUGGCCCAUUUUCAUCUCAUGUAAUUUGAUGAUGGAACUACCAAAUGAGUACUAAUCACAAAUUUGACCUCUAUAAAUGUUUUAAAGGGACAUUUCACCCCCAAUUCUGUCACCAUUUAUUAUUUUUAUGUUCAUUCAUUCAGCGAAAAUACUUUAAUUCAAUAUACUCAAAUUCACACGAGUCCAAAUGUAUGAAAAGGAAUUUUUUUUUUUUUUUUUUUUUUAUAAAUGUUGGCAUCCUAAACUUAUUUAAUGUGCAACAUUUUUAAAAAUAUAUAAUUUAUGUUCUGCAGAAAAAAGAAAUCUAUUGAUUUUUAACAACAUAUGUGUAGGUGAUAACCAAAUUGUCAUUUUUUUUUGAGGUGUCAACAUGCUAACUGAUUCAGCUUAUACACUGAAAAGAAUUAAUGGUUGGAUUUGCUACAUUUUUUAAGGUAAGUGAUUGCAUUUAUAUGGACUGAAUUUAAACAAAUUACAUUUAGUAAUGGAUCAAAAUAUACAGUGGAAGUCAACAGCUGCUGGUUUACAAAAAUUCUCAAAAUCUCAGUUCAACAGAAUCUCAAAAAUGUGUGGUACAAAUGAAGGGUAACAGAUGACAGAAUUUUCAAACUUCAUCUGUUUGUUUAAAUUCAGCCCAUAUAAAUAGUUUGCAACCACUUACCUUGAGUAAUUGAGUAAAUCUAAUGAAUCACCAUUUUCAGUGUACCAUGCUAACACCAGUGCCCUCAUUUUUAUCUAACGCCAUUGAUUGGAAAUGGACAAACUUGUAUUGGAUUAGCACUAAUGUCCACUUUGGGAGUUUGUAUGAAACUCAAAAGGAAGCUCGCAUAUGUCUUUACAACUGUAAACUUAUAUUUUAAGAGGUAUAUUUCCACCGAACAAUGCACUAAGGCAAUGGUCUCGAACUCAAUUCCUGGAGAGCCGCAGCUCUGCACCAACUCACACUUGCUUAAUAGUCUCUAGUAGUCUUCAACACCUUGAUUAAUUGGAGCAAAGUUGGUGUUUGAUUAGGGUUGGAGCAGGACUGUGCAAAACUGUGCAGGAAUUGAGUUUGAGACCUAUGCUCUAAGGGAUAUUUUCUUCUUUUUUCUGCACAGGAAGUAAACAUUUAUGUAAUUUAGUUGUCCGUUAUAGGUUUAGAUGAGAGUAUAUUUCCUGUAGAUAAAUCUGAAAUGGCUUUUCUAAUACAAUGCCAAAGACUAACACCUAAAUACUCUAAGUUUCAGGACUCCAGCUGAGGGCAGACAGCAAAUAGAGGUUUGAAUUGAGCUUGUUUUUGACUUUAUUAAAAGAAUAGUUCACUUUAUAAAAGACUGUUUUGCCAUUUUACAUCCUGAUUGGUUUCAAAUCUGUGUAUGCAAUGUUUUCCCCCCCACAAAAAAAACUUUUAUUCUGUCAUAAAUUGAUCACAAUGUAAGUUUUUUUUUGCGCUGUUGAAUACAGAAGUAGAUGUUUUAAAUAAAGUUUUUACUCCGUCAACUAUAUAUUUUAAUCCUUCUUAAAGAGAUAGUUCACCCAAAACUGACAAUUCUGUCAUCAUUUACUUACUCUUCAUAGUUUUUUCUUCUGUCAAACACAAAUGAAGAUAUUUUGAUAAAUUUUGAAAACCAGCAACCAUUGACUUGGAUAGUAUUUGUUUCUCCUAUAUUAUGGAAAAGUCAGUGGUUCCGAGUUUCUAACAUUCUUCAAAACAUCAUCUUUUGUGUUCAACAGAAAAACCACUGGAGAGUAGGGUUGUCAUGAUCCAGGAAUUCGAUACCAAUUGAUACUGAGAUUUUAAAAAUGUCCAUUUCCUGCUAACAUUCGAGCGCUGUUGAGCGCAUUCUUAAACAGCAAUGAUUGGCCAUUGUGUUCACGUGCUCAACAGCAAUGACUGUGAUUGGCCGUGAAGGUCAUCAGUUUACCAAACUCACAGCUGUUUACUGAGUGUAAACACAGAUACAGGGACACUGGAGUGUUUCAAAAUGCGUCAAUCUGCUAGUUUGUCUAUAAACUGACAUACGAGCUAUCCACUGAUGAAUCGCGGAUUUAAAUGCUCCAGUGUCCCUGUAUCUGUGGUUCCACUAAGUAAACAGCGGUGAGUUUGGUAAACUGAUGACCUUCACGGCCAAUCACAGUCAUUUCUGUUGAGCAUGUGAGCACAAUAGAAAAUCAGCUGUGUUUAAGAACGUUCUCAACAGCGCUCAAAUGUUAGCGGGAAAUGGACGCGUUAAAAAUUUCAGUAUCGAUUGGUACAGAAUUCCAAUAUCGUGACAACCCUGCUGGAGGGUGAGUCAUUCCUUUAAGGCCCUUUUCACAAUACACCAUCUGUCUCUAGUUCUAAUUUUCACUUAUUAAACGCAUUUAAUUGGCAUUUAUUAAAUUCUGGGAUGUCUAAGUGGCACACCUUAAUCUUUUCCUCUAGUAUUCUUCUAUAAAUCUGAACUUUAAAAUUCUUCUUCACUUUAAAGAUCAAAAAUCAUUGGUUCAAAAAUCUAAAACCAUUGGUCCACCAUCUUCCAAUCACAAUACGACUAUAGUCGGUAGACCUUAGUAUGGAAAAGAAUGGAAUUUUUCCCAAAAUCUCUUUUGGUGUUCAAUGGUAAAACAAACUCAAAAUGGUUUUAGAACCAAAUGAGGAUGAGAAAAUGACUAAAUGCUUAUGUUAGGGUGGAUUAUUUGAAUAUUUUUGGAGGAUUGAAAAAAAUCAUCGGUCCACCAUCUUUCAAUCACAAUACGACUAUAGUCUGUAGACUUUAGUAUGAAAAAGAAUGGAAUUUUCCCAAAUUCUCAUUUGAUUUUCAAUAGUAAAACAAACAUAAAAUGGUUUUGGAACCAAAUUAAGAUGAUAAAAUGACUAAAUAUUCAUGUUAGGGUGGAUUAUUUGUUUAGUUUAAGUAGGACUGAAAAAAAUCAUUGGUUCAAAAAUGUAAAAUCAUUAGUCCACCAUCUUCCAAUCACAAUAUGUCUACAGUCGGUAGACGUUAGUAUGGAAAGAAAUGGCUUGUAGAAUUUUUACCAAAAUCUCUUAUGGUGUUCAAUGGUAAACUUAACUUAAAAUGGUUUUGGAACCAAAGGAGGAUAGGAAAAUGACAAUGGUCAUGUUAGGGUGGAUUAUUUGUUUAGUUUAUGUAGGAUUGGAAACAAAUAAUUGGUUUUAAAAAUCCAAAAUCAUUGGUCCACCAUCUUCCAAUCACAAUGUGACUAUAGUCGGUCGAUCCUGGUUUGGAAAAUAAUGGAAUUUUCCCAAAUUAUCAUUUAGUGUGCAAAGAUAAAACAAACUUAAAUGAUUUUGGAACUAAAUGAGGAUGAGAAAAUGACAUAAUGGUCAUGUUAGAGUGAAUUAUUCCUAUAUUUUAUGUAGGAUUUUUGUGUUUAGAAGAAUAUUAUUGAAUGAGGAAAUUAGGGAACUAGAGAAAAGUACUUAAAUGGCAGCCAAUUCUGGGUGCAUUUAGUAGUCCUGGUGCAGCCUCAAGCACAUGCGCGCACACACACACACACACACACACACACACACACACAUGCAUGUUUGUGAUCGCAUGCAUGUUUGCAAUGUACAGCAAAGCUUUAUCUUUGAACUAAAGCGAACUAACAGUGUAACAUACUGAAUUAACCUUUAUACCAUUUUCCGUGAGCUUGUUCGUCCUACGAGGUUGAUGGAUUGUGGUUUAUAGUGUAGAGCACAGACACUUGGCACACUUUUGAGGAAGGCAGUGAACAGGAUGAAUUCUAUAGCUGGAUUAAACAGGGGAACAUGUUUUACACCUGCUUUAAAUGCAAAAGCCAGGACCAAGUUUGAAGUUUUCCGUUUCUCUCAGUUGUGUUUUUUUGAUUUGUACUGUUCUGUUUUGUAAGAGCCUUGUGUAUCAACUGUCUUUUGAGUUGAUUUGUCCUUUAUUUUUCUUUGUGAACAAAUGCUGAAUUGUGAGUAUGAGUUUUGUUUCUCCAGGUUACGCUUCAUGUUUCAUUCCAUCUUUAUUUGAUUAUGGGUUAAAGGUUCGUGCUUUGCUGAAAGCUUGUUGCUUGUAAGAAGGAGCUCUGCAGUCUAUAUAUGAAAUCUCCAUCUCAGAUCCUCUUCAGAAGACUGCACAUUUAAAGAUAUACGUAUAAAUAUCAUGUAUCGUAAACGCCUCUUAUAUUGCCGCAGUUUUGUAUGUUGAUACUUGAGGAAAUCUUAUUAUGUACUGUUAAUAACACAUCAACUCUGUAAAGUAUCUGACGUCCUCAAUAAAAUGUAUGUUUUUACA